GAAGGCGAGAGCGAAGCGCGCGAUCAGGUCUCUUUCAAAGACGCGUGGAAAACUGCGAACACACCCGAGAGAGCUGAGGCAGCGGUGGCCGAAAGUGGGGAGUGUGUCGGGAAGUGCACGCGAGGAGACUUUUGCUCUGCUUUUUCUCUUUUCCGUCGCGACUUUUUUUGCGAUUCGACGCCUUUUGUCAACUAAGCGGAAUCUCUGGAAAAACCAUGGCGGACGCACAAGUUCACAGUCCCCAGUGCGCCUGGGCAGAGACAAAGGAGUUCAUCUUCCUCACAGUGCAAGUGCAGUCCCCCGAGGACUUGCAAGUCAACCUACAGGAAUCUUCUCUCGACUUCAAGUGCACAAGUGAUAAGAAGGCCUUUGCUUUCCACCUCGACUUCCCUCACCCUAUCAUCGUCGAGGAUUCGAAGUACAGCGUCCAGCGCAACGUCCAGUUUAAGUUGGUUAAGAAGGAGAAGGAGCGCUGGAGGACUUUGAGUGGAAAGACGAAGCUUCAUUGGCUGAAGUGUGACUGGGACAAGUGGAUUGACUCCGACGACGAAGAUGCGAAGGGCAUGGACAUGGGCGACUUCGACAUGAACUCGAUGGACUUUGGAGGCAUGGGCGGCCUCGGAGGCAUGGGCGGCCUCGGCGGUAUGGGCGGCAUGGGCGGCCUCGGCGGUAUGGGCGGCAUGGGAGACAUGGACUUUGGAGAUAUGGGAGACAUGGACUCUGACGACGAGGACGACUUGCAUGACCUCGACGACUCCAUGCAGAAAGAGGACGAACACGAGCACGAAGGCGGCUGCUGCGGCGGCCAUGGAAAGGAAUGCGAAGGCGAGAAGGCCGAGGAACACAAAGUGAAUGGCGUCGAGGGAACUACUCCCGCAGAAGCUGCGCAGGCUUGAGUGCGAGCGGAGAGGAGUUGGAAAGCAGAAGGAAACCGAGGAAAGAGGAGAGAAGAGGGGGGAUUUCGUUGUGCGUGGGGUAGCAAGAGGGGAACGCGAGUGUGUAGAAGGUGCAGGGAGAAGAAGCGCGCGUAAGAAGAGGUCUCGUCGGAGGCCGCGAGACAUGAGGAGGAAGGGUGAGGGAAACGCACAGGGGCUGAAGGACUAAGCGGCAGCUGCGCAUGCGCGUUUUUUGUGUGGACUUGAGUGGACGCGGAGCUGACGGGCGUCGUGUCUCCACGCCAAAACGAUGUGCGUCUCUGUAGGAUAAACCUCUUGCCGUCUGUCUCUACGUUUUUAUAUAUCAACUCUCGACACCCGCCGUCUUUUGUAUAGAGUCUUCGUGUGUACAUCGUGGUCCGCUGAACAUCUCAGAGGUCUUUUGCGCCGAAUCGAAGCGGCGGGACGGGAACUCUUGGGCUCGCUGCACACGCUUUCGUGGCUGAGUAUUUUGCGACACCAAAACCCGAGAUCCACAAUCCUGAGUGCCGAUGAGGCCUCGAAGAAUCUUUUCUUUCGGCUGCGCUCCAAAAGGAUUGUCAUUUACCCUGGAAAGAGGAGGAAGCAAGUUGUCGUCUGUGUUCUUUCCGCGUAGCUUUACAGCACUAGUGGUUUCCACACUCGAUGAUGCUGCAUCCGUUGACAGAGGUCUGCAGUUAAAAGAAAUCACUCUUUUGCAUCGA